CGGAAAUAAAUACCUUAUUAUUAUUACUAAACAAACCAAUUAUUUUAUCGCAUUCAUUAAAUAAAUCAUUUGUGCUAUAGUAAAAUCAAACACGUAGAAUCUAGUCUUUAUUCUCCAAUGUGUAAGAGAAAAAAAUGAAAAAUUUGAAGAUGAAUAGACCAAGUUACUAGUAAAAGGAUUCUAUUCAUUCUUGAUUUUAAAAAAAGACAACAAUAAACUACAUGGAGUCAUAUUCAACUUUAAAAACCAAGACUACUAAACAGGAAAAUGAAAAUGUGAGUGACAUCUUCAUAACUGCAACAGAACAUGGAGAUGAAGCAACAGUAGAGAAACUAUUAAAAGAGCUAAAAGACUCUGUCAAUUUAAAAUCAACUCGAGGGGGCUUUACAACAUGUGCCUUAUCAGUUGCUGCAACUUAUGGCCAAACACACAUUCUUGCUGAACUUUUGCAGAAUGGAGCUAACCCUUUAGAAAAAGGUGCGAGAAACAGAGUUGCUCUUCAUGAUGCAUGUAUAGGAGGUCACUUAGAAUGUGCUCGCCAGCUUAUUCAAAUGAUGCCUGAUAUAGAUAUUCCAGAUAGUAAUGGUCAAACUGCUGCUCAUCAUGCUGCCUUCAAUGGGGAAAUCAAAGUUCUUAAACUUCUUCAAGAAAAUGGGGCAAGUAUGACAGCAGUGGAUAACAAAGGGAGACAACCAUCACAUCUGGCAGCUAGCAGGAAUCAAGUCAGCAUUCUAAAAUUCUUGUUUGACAUUGGUUUGAAUUUAGACAUUCCAUGCCACACAGGAAAGACUGUCCUUCAUUAUGCUGCACAACACGGAGGCCUUGAUUGUGUAAGGUUUCUAGUUGAAAGAAACUGUGAUACGACUGUCGGGGAUAAAUUUUCCUUCCUGGCAACCCACCUUGCUGCACAUUACAACAGGUUGAGUUGUCUGCAGUACCUGGUACAACAAGGAACAUCCAUAGACACAACACAGCAAGAUGGUAGAGCCUGCACACAUAUUGCUGCAAUGCAUGGAUCUGUGAAUGUCUUACACUGGUUGCUAGAAGCUGGAGCCAACAUCAACUUGCAAGAUUCUGAAGGCAAUACACCAAGCCACUAUGCAGCACAAGAGGGAAAGGCUGAGUGCUUUAACUGUUGUCUGCAGCAUGAUGCUUUACUUUCUCUGGUCAAUGCUAAGGGAGAAGUACCCAUGGAUAAGGCCAGAAAGAGUGGACAUUUUUUACUCAUGGAGAAAGCAACCACCAAUAUGGUUGUGUGUCCAAUGUGUUAUGUAAAAUUUGAGAAAGAAGAAUAUGAUCUUGCUCAUGCACCUUCCACUGUUGAGAGGUCAAUUACUGCAGCCAAAUCAAGAGCCUACUCAUCUCCCUUAUCUGGGAAAACAAGCAGUGUCCAGAAGCAUAUAGAGAAAACCAAAUUCAAGUCAGAACACAAAAAUGUAACAAAUUCGCUCAAAAAAUCUCGAAAUCUUCCAACUAAAUAUUUUGGGGAGUAUGUUGAUCCUAAUAAAGCAUUUAAUUUCAAAGCCAAAUGAUAUUCUACUUAACAAAUACACUUAUAAAUCAAUUCAUCAUCUUUUCUGUUUGUGCCCAAGACAUGGGGCCACCACAGAAAGCUCCUUCCACUUUUGUCGGUCUCUGGUAAUUUUGAGACAGUCCCCUAACAUAGUCCUGCCUUUGUCAGUUGCUUUUCUGCUGUGCGCCUCCAUGUCAUUCAUGUGCUUGCGUUUUCUUUUUCCCUGAGGCAUCCAAUUUAGUGUCAUUUCUUAAAACGUGCCAUCUUUUUUCUGUUGUGAUUCUCCAUCCCCCCAGAUGUGUAUGUUUAAUAUAAAUAUUUUGAUCGUAUAACAUGUAUUGGUUGUGUGUAAAUUGCAUGUUUAAUAAAUCUCUAUGCUUCAUCAGUUUAUUCUUUUUGGAAAUGUCUUAAGCUUGUAUUAAAUAUUAAAAGUAGUAGAAUGUUUUGAUAAAAAAUAAAAACUUUAAAUAAAAGAUC